UUUGCCCACAUUGCCGGUGCAGAGCGUGGCUGCAGGCAAUCGAUGUAUACUUCUCGACGCCGCACUUGCUCCUUUGCACCCUAGCUGAGCGCCAGAUGAGCCGCGUAUACAAAGGAUAAAACAGUUAUACCCCCCCAAUGGUUGGUGAAUCGUUCGUAAGCGAAAUGUGAUUGCGUGUGAUGGACAACGAAUUGCAUUUACAUACGGAGACACUAUAUUAACAACCGCGAUCGGCCAACUGUGUAUUACUCAAGCUCGUCGGAUCGCGGUAAAAUCGGUAUUAGCUUGGAGAGGGUAGGAAAAACCAAAAUCCAAGAGUAUACUCGUUGGAGACGGAAGCAGCGGAAAGAUGCGUUUGAUCCUGGUUGCAUUGUCCCUGAUGCUUUCCGGGGGUGACUGUCGCUGCGGCGAGCGAUUAGAGAGGGCCCUCGACCUGAUGCAGCAGCGGGGCAGCUCAGCGCGCCGGAGGUACGACAACGGCGACGACUCGGACGUUGUUUAUCGCGAAAAACUCAGAUCCGCCCCCAUCGAGGUCUCCGUCACGAAGAUACAAGUAGAGGCAAGCAACGAUUACAACUCGGUGUUCAAUUCGUCGGCCUUUGACAACGACGCCGAGGACGAGGACGUGCAACACGACGAGGGCGUGAACGGCGAGGAGAUCGACGAGGUGGCCGGUGUGAUCGGCCUGGCCAACGACGAGGAGAACCGUUUGGGUGACAACGCGGACAACGACGCGAUACUUGACAAUCUUUGGCGCUCGCGCGGCGACAUUGCCCGCGAGAUGGAGGACGUGUUCCUGAGGAGCGCCAGCCAAGCCAUCACCCACUACAUCGAGCGCCAACUUCAUCCGGCUAUCAAGGAGACGCUCAUGCUGUCCAUGGGGUACACCAUUAGUUACGGAUGAGAUGAGCAAGUCAGCGUGUGAUGAUCUACACUUGCAGUCGGUCUCCCUUGCGCGGCGAGA